GUAACGCUGGAGGGACGAUAAACGGAGCUGUGCAGCAGAGCAGACCUACAACAUCCGGGCAAUAGCAAGCCUGCGCAGAGACGGAAUGGCGGAGGUGAGGAGGAAGCACCUGCACAGGCGCGCAGGAGCUGUGGCCUUGUAGAGACUGCAGCCAUGAAGGCCUCCUGCAGGAGAAGCAGGUCUCCUUCCAGGCCUUAGAGGACUUGGAGCGGCGCCAUCGUUCCAUGAAGAUGACAGCACAAUCCCACCCUGCCGGUGAGCUUCCUCUGGAGGAGCUGCUGGCGUUGUACGGCUACACCGUCUCAGACCCGGAGAAGGAGACGUGUCUGAUGACGGCCAGGAUGCCCGAUGUGACGCGGAAAAAGAACAAGAGGGCUGCAGAAGUCUUCUGUAGGGAGGAGGAAGAUCCUGAUCCGGCCUCUUACGACUGCAGCUCUUCAAACGCCUCAGAGCUGCUUCGCUGCCUCCAAGGCAGAGACAAAGUGGCAUCCAUCCACUCAUCGGACGAAGACUCUGAUGAUGCUUCUGUUCCUUCCAAUGAAGAGCACAAGGAGAUCAUGGUGGGCUCCAUGUAUCAAGCCAAAAUCCCUCCAGUGGCCCCGCACUCUAGCCACGAGAAAGCGUACAGCGGGGAAGACCAGCUGCUGUGGACUCCUGCCGUUCUGCCUGCUGAUGAAGUGGAGGCUUUCCUGCUGAAUGCACAAAGGCUUUGUGACCAACAGGGGGCAGUGUGGACACAAGAAGCCACCAUCAAAGAUAAUGAACAGGCACUGUAUGAACUAGUGAAAUGCAAUUUUAAUGCAGAAGAGGCACUGAGACGGUUGCGCUUCAACGUGAAGGUUUUCACCGAGGAGCUGUGUUCCUGGAGCGAAGAGGAAUGUAGAAACUUUGAGCAGGGUUACCGAGUUUACGGGAAGAACUUCCACCUUAUCCAAGCUAAUAAGGUACGAACUCGCUCCGUGGGCGAGUGUGUGGAGUAUUACUACAUGUGGAAGAAGUCCGAGCGGCAUAUGUACUUCACCCAGCAGGCCACCAGGCUGAGCCGGAAGAAGUUCAGUCUGCAGUCGGGGGGCACUGAGGACGGAGAUCCGGACGGGGAAGCAGGAGACCUUGAUGGAAGCCACACCUCUUCGGGGUUGCUGUCCCACGCCUCUGGUCAGCUGGAGAGUCCGCUUCCUCCACACUCCAACAUGGACCUGAACAAACAGGACGGCGAGCUGGUGAUGAGCCUGUCAGAGCUCUGUGGGGAGGAGUGUCCCCCUCAGCUGUUUGACCGUCCCUUCUCUGAAUUCUUGGCCGACCCGAGGGAUCCCGGCCCGGACGGCUGCUGCGCCUCCGCUCCGGACCAGACUCCGAGUCCUCCGUGGGCCUGCGGGGCCUCAGCCUGCCCCCGUGAGGACCACGGCCUCCAAAACUCCUGCUUCUACCAGCUGCACAUGCAGCAGAGGGCUUUUGCACCCGAGGAGCUCAGCUAUGGUGCAGCGGGCGAUGGGGCUGGCGCCCCCCAUAGGCUGCAGGUGGAAUAUGACCUGCCGUUAGCCCCGCCUUCCUCGCCGGCUGGUUUCUCGUCACACUUUCAGACUUUUGGAAGUGUCCUGUACCCUUUACCUGUCCAGGACUCCCACCCUCUCAUGAAGUAACGGGGAAGAUCUGAGAGGAUGUCUGCGUUUGGAGGACUGGGGUCUGUCCAUCAGAGCCAGACUUGGACCUUCAAAGGUUUUUUUUCAUACAAAUGUCAAAAACUUAGCGGUGAAUGCUGCAGUCCAGCCGCUCUUUGACAGAUGAUUGACUCGGAUCCGGUUUUGGACUCUGCAACCAAAUAUGAUUUUUCAUUUUUAUUUUUUUCUUAUUUUCUGCUGCAGUUCUUUCAGGGGGGUUGUUUGUUUCCAUACAUGUAAAACAUUUAAAUUCUGUUCUUCUUUGGGGAGUUUUGUCUGAGAUUUACAAAACCUCAAAAAUGAUCAAAACUAUUUUUUAAAAGGAGUUCCAUAAGACCAAAAAAAUCCACAUUCAGCUCCGUCUGAAUGAGUCAGACGCCGUCCCGCCUUUAGGGAAGUCGGUUUCUUGUUUGGUGUUUUCUUGCCUCCACCCAUCUGCUGCUCGAAGCUUUCAGACCUGGAAUUCUCCGUUUCUGCUCAUUUGAUGCUGGGAAACAUCCGGAAUGUUCUCGUUGUUCCAGUUUCUCUGCAGUCACAGACUUAAGAAAAGCUACAGAUUCAGAAAACCUCCAAGAGUUCAUGAAGAUUUGGACUUUUUACCGUCAGAUUUGGACAGAUGACGACUGUGAUGAAACCCUUCAGCCUAUCUAUUGACAUUGAAAUGCCUCCAGCUCAAGCAUUUUCACUCAUUUCUGUGAUUUUAUGGUCAUUGAUUCCGUAAUUGUUUCUAUUUGUGAAUCUAUAUACAUUUUUAUGAGGUAAAGAAGGACCCCCCCCCCCCACCCACACACAGAAAACGACUUUUAAGCCCUCCAUGGAUCUCUGCUCUUGUUUAAAACACUCGUCCUGUUGUCUCUCUUUGUGUAAAUCUGUUUCAGAUCAAUUUUCUUCAUGGUCUUUGUUUACAUGUGUGGGGGGGGCAGGAAAGACCACAAAGGCAGGAAAAUGAGCAGCAAUGAUGGCUCUUUAUGCCUUUUUUUAGCAAUAUAUAUAUAUUGUAUGGCUUCCAUUAUGUUUCUUUCUAAUUAUUAUAUUUUGUAAAAUAAAAUAAAUUAAAUACAAAUGUGAAAAUAUUA